UUUGAAAGCAAUACAGUAUAAAAGUGUACCCUGCCUUGCAUAACUGGUAAUAAGAUUUGGUUCAUGCACUUGCUUAAAUCCCUGGCGGUAAAAAAGAGCAUCGGAGUAAUAAUUCAGCAUGGACUUCUACUUAAUAUUACUAGGUUUCGGAAUUGUUCAGUGUGCUAGUUUAGGGCCUGAACCUCAGUGUUCGAAAUUCCACUAUGAAGAGCAGCUUCUGGAGAAGAUGAUAAGGACUGAGGUGAAAGUUGAAGAGAUAGAAAAACGUAUUUUGGAAACUAAUCAACACGUGAUUGACGUUCUAGAAGAUUUGAAAACCGAGAGUGUAGACAUAAAGAAUGAAUACGAUGAAUUGCAGAAACGAUAUUCCAAGGAAAUGGAGGAACGUAUAUCAGAAAUCUCUAAACUGAAAGAUACCCUGUUGACAGAGACAAUAGCAUUUCAAGCACGUGGACCUGCAGAUAAAAGUCUUGACACUGGUCAAACUAUUGUAUUUGCAGAGACAAUGUUCAACACAGGUGGAGCAUAUGACAACAUGACGGGAAUGUUUACAGUUCCUGUGAGCGGAACAUACCUGUUCACCAUUCACCUGUGUAUAAAGAAUAAGAUGGACAUGUAUUACGGUAUCAUGGUUGACAACUCUGUUCAAACGUCGGGACGAUUUUACGACAAUGACGCAUACAUGUGCUAUUCAGCUGAUGCUAUAAGUGUUCUUGGAGGUGGAGAAAAAGUAUACAUCAAGUGUUUAUCUACGUCAUCUGGAGAUAUUCUGUAUGAGUCCAGUAGUUCAACAUACAAUAACUGGAGUACCUUUUCCGGCAUGCUGGUCCACAGAUAAACAAACAUUGAUAAACGGCUUCAAUUAACAAGCUAUAUGUGUGCAGUUACAGUCAAACUCGCUUUAUACGAACUCAUCCGGACCUAAGAAAUAUGCUCGUAUCAAACGAAAUUCGUAUUAAUGAAUGUAUGACCAGAUAAUUUGUCCGAGCAAUUUGGGCAGUAUCACCGGUAUCAUCGAUGAAUAGAUUCCAAUAUUAUGAUACAUGAAAGUAGUGAAUAGUUUUAAACUGAUUAAGUUAAUUCAUUCAGAUAACAUUGAAAUUACUCAAGAAAAGUCAUACUUAAACAGGUAAAACUGUAUUAAUUCAAAUUUUAAUGUGCGGUCGAGGUCAAGAGCGCCAAAUUAUAUCCACCGCCAACAUUGAAGCUUGUACUAUAUAACAAGCAUUCUAAGAGGUAUAAAAGUUUGUAUAUUUAGGAAGACACAGCCUACCUGUAUCGACACUAGAACGUCAAUAAUGUGUAUACAAUUUUUUACACCUCUUUAAAUCUUGACCUGUUAAUUGAUUAAAUUAUUUUAUAUUUACAUGAUAUACAAAGGA